AUGGUCUACCAUGGUAGAUCAAAUACAAAAGGCCAACCAACAAUUGAUUAUGAAGAGUUGACAAGGAGAAAUAAAUAUGCAACACUGAGAAUUCAGGAAGGGUCAGCAGUAAACUUAGUUGUAAAGCAGAUACCAUCACAGCUGAUCCAUUGCCAUAUACAAGAUAGAAAUUCUGAGUUUCAAAGUGAUUUAACUAUUGUAUAUGGCCUACAUACUAUAGCAGAUAGAAGAGCUCUUUGGGAUCAAUUAAGGGACAUCAAUGCAGUAACCAAUGGCCCUUGGUUGAUUAUGGGGGAUUUCAAUAGUGUCCUAUCAGUGGAGGAUAGAAUUAAUGGGGUACCUGUUCACCAAAAUGAAGUGGUUGAUUUCAAACAAUGCAUUUCUGAUAUUGGAGUAGGCUUGAUAAACAAAAAAGGGAUGCAGUUUUCAUGGAGUAAUAAGAGAGGGGCUGAAGAUGGGAUAUACGGUCAUAUAGACUGGGCGUUUGGUAAUGCAGAAUGGUUUUGGCUGUAUGCAGGUAUUGAAGCAAUAUACUUAGUACCUGGAUGUUCUGACCACAUACCUAUCCUAUUGAACACAGAAGUUCAUAGAAUGAAGGUGAAGAAACCUUAUAGAUUACUGACUGUAAUGUUACAACAGGAAGAGUAUAAGGCAGCAGUGGAGAAUGUAUGGAGACAAGACUUACAAGGAUACACUAUGUAUGCUAUCUAUCCAGCAGGAGUUUAUACAAUUUUUCAAGAGCUACUAGGAGAGGCUGCACCAGUGAUGCCUGGAAUUGAUGUUAACAUAGUUAGAGAUGGACCCUGUCUAUCAAUGGCACAACAGCAACAAAUGUUAAGGCCUGUAACAGAAGAGGAGAUUACAAGGGUGGUACAAGAACUACCAAAUGAUAAAGCUCCAGGAAUAGAUGGAUAUCCAGCUGAAUUUUUCAAAGAAAACUGGGAAGUAAUUGGUGAAGAUGUUAUAAAGGUAGUAAUCCAAUUCUUUGAAACAAGGAAGCUACUUAGAGAGAUCAACUGCACCACUGUCACACUCAUACCUAAGGUGACAAAUCCAAAUUAUGUGAAGGAAUUCAGACCUAUUGCAUGUUGUUCUACAAUGUACAAGAUUAUAGCCAAGCUGCUUACUACUAGGUUGAAGUCGGUAGUGGAUUAUCUGGUGGGACCUUCACAGUCAGCAUUUAUAGAGGGAAGAAACAUCUUGGAAAAUGUAAUUCUAGCUCAUGAACUGAUCAAGGGGUACAAUCAGAAAAAAGUUUCACCAAGAUGUACAGUUAAAGUAGAUAUUAGAAAGGCAUAUGACUCAGUGGACUGGAAUUUUCUAAGGGCCCUUAUGCUGGAAUUUGGUAUCCUUGGUAAAAUGGUCAAACUCAUUAUGGAGUGUGUAAGCACAGUUUCUUACUCCCUACUGAUCAAUGAAGGAUUAACACCAAAGUUUCAGGCAAAAAAAGGAUUAAGACAAGGUGACCCAAUGUCACCUUAUCUUUUUAUUUUGGUGAUGGAGUAUUUGAACAGAUCUUUGAAGCAGCUGAAAUCAAAUUCAGAUUUUAACUACCAUCCUAAAUGUGCAAGACUAGGAAUAGUUCACAUAUGUUUUGCUGAUGACUUAUUAAUGUGCUGCAGAGCUGAUAAGGUGUCUAUUGAACUCAUAAUGACACAAUUUGAAAAAUUCUCCACAGCUUCAGGCUUACAGGCUAAUAUGGAAAAGAGCUCAUUCUAUGUGGCAGGAAUAUCUAAUCAACACAAGCAAAAAAUACUGGAGAAGCUGAAGUUCACCAAUGGAGAAAUACCAUUCAAGUACCUAGGUGUCCCUUUGUCCUCAAAGAAACCCACCAUUAGUCAAUGCAUGCCAUUGGUUGAUAGAAUUGCAGGCAGGGCCAGAUGCUGGACAACAAGAUUUUUAUCAUAUGCAGGGAGAGUCCAACUAAUCAAAAGUGUGUUGUUUGAAAUGCAAACAUACUGGGCACAAGUCUUCAUGAUUCCAAAAAAAGUACAUGAUAUGGUUACAGAGAUAUGCAGGAACUUUCUAUGGCAUGGAAGCAAUGAAGGAAAAAAAGCUCCUAUAUCAUGGGAUACAAUUUGCAAGCCAAAAGCAGCAGGAGGACUGAACAUUAUAAACUUCUCUAUGUGGAAUAGAGCAGCAAUAGGGAAACUGUUAUGGGUAAUUGCACAGAAGAAAGACAAGUUAUGGGUUAUGUGGAUACAUAAUCACUAUAUAAAGAAGAAGGAGAUGGAAAAUAUGGAAACUCCAAAAGAGGCUAGCUGGGUGGUAAGAAAAAUAUUUGAAGCCAGAAAAAGGCUAAACACCGGAAUACAAGAACUGGAACUAUAUGUUAUACAGGGAAAGUAUACCAUCAGCAAAGCUUAUCAUUCAUUCAUGCCACAAUAUCCAAAAGUUACUUGGAAGACACUGUACAUGACACGAGGUAUGAUACCUAGGCACCAGUUCAUUUUGUGGAUGGCUAUGCAUCGAAGACUAGCAACUGUGGAUAGGCUGAUCAGAUGGGGAAUACCAGUACCUGCAGAAUGUGUUUUGUGUAUGACAGAUGAAGAGGAAACUCAUGAUCAUUUGUUCUUUGAAUGCUCAUAUUCAAAGUUCAUAUGGAAGCAACUUUUGAGCCUGUUUGGAAACGAUCGACAAGUAGGUGGAUGGCAGGAAGAGAUUGAAUGGAUGGCUACAAAAACAAAGAGCAGGAAUACAAAAUGGAAGAUCCUGGGAAAUGCCUUUGCAGCUACAUUUGAUCCAUGUAUGAAUUUCUACAUGGUAUCAGAGUCAUCCGCAAUCAAAUCACACUCGCAAAACUCUGAAACUCUUAGAAUUCUCAGGCAGCUUUCAAAAUCUGCAGAAACUAAAACGGAAGAAGCAGAAUUGGUAUCAAGUUGA